AUGACAACCACUCACGAUGAAGAACCAAACUACAGAGUAUUGAGUAUUCAGUCUCAUACGGUUUCUGGCUAUUGUGGUAACAAGGCAGCAGUUUUCCCGCUUCAAACACUCGGCUUCGAUGUGGAUAAUUUGAAUACGGUUCAAUUUUCAAACCAUACUGGUUAUCCUUCAUGGACAGGGAGCCGAAUGAACGCACAGGAUGUGCAAGAAUUGUUUGAUGGUUUAGAAAAGAAUGACCUUAUUGGUGAAUAUACCCAUGUUUUGACAGGUUACAUUGGCAAUUUCGCCAUCUUGGAGACCAUUCAAAACAUGGUCAAGAAGCUCAAGGCUGUCAAUCCUGAUCUGAUCUACCUUUGCGAUACUGUGAUGGGAGAUGGAGACGCACUGUAUGUUGCACCUGAGAUUGUGCCAUUGUAUAGACAUAUCAUGCAAUAUGCUGAUGUUGUAACACCUAAUCAAUUUGAAGCAGAAACUUUGACCGAGACCAAAAUCACAUCGCUGGAGGAAGCAUGUCAAGUAGCCAAGAAAUUACAUUCAUUAGGUUCUCCCAAUGUAGUAAUUACAACCUUAUCGCUACCAUUAAAAGAUGUACCUAUCGAGGUACAACUUGAGACCAGCUCCGAAGAGUCUCUGUAUUGUCUAUCGAGUCAACAAAUCAACGAUGGUACGACGGAGCAAUACCUGAUUGCUUUCCCCACAUAUGAAGGCUAUUUCACUGGCACAGGAGAUUUGUUCUCCUCAUUGGCAGUAGCACAUUUUGCAAGAAAGGAAAACUCGUUAAUUGAAGCAGUAUUUAAAGUCAUUUGUAGCGUCAAUGCUAUCACCAAGAACACCUACCUGUACCAACAAAAGAAGAACAAUAGCAUGAAAAACAAGCCAGAUGCUGCUAAUUUAGUGCAUAACUGUGAGCUUAGACUGAUCCAAGGCAAGAAGGAAAUUGAACAUCCAGAGUUAUUUAAGGAUGUCAUUAAGAAAGUUAAAGUUAGCGUUUAA